UUGCUGGUGGGUGGCUGGCCCCGCGGAGCCCCUGCCGGGCUCCAGCAGCAGGUUACACCAGAGGACGUAAGAUGCAUUUUGUGGGCUCUCUCCUCCAGAACCCCGCAGCAUUUAGAGGACCUGCAGGAGGGCUUUUAGCGCCUAGCCUGGUUUGUUUAGAAACGAGGUCCAGGCGCUAGAAGUCUGAGCUGUGUGUCAGGUAAAUGAAAAGUUGCAGCAUUUCCGAUGGGAAACUAGGAUGUGGGUAGAAAGAAAGUUGCAGCCGAAACGGGCAGGAGCUGAGGCAGCAGGCCUCCCGCAGGCACACGGACCUCUUUCCUGACAGCCAAGCCUUCCGCCGCCAAGAGGCAGACCUCUUAGGCCUGGGAAGGGAGGCAGCCUCCAGAUCCCAGAGGCCUGUCCCUAGGUGUGCCCUCGGGGAGAUGGCCAGAGAGGCGGCCCUGGCGGGUCACCUGGACCCUGGGAGAGGGCGGAGCCGGGAUCCCAGGCUGGGUCUGGGGGGUCCAGCUUAGCACCCAGACUCCGCCCAGACGCACGGGCAGCCUGGGGAGGCGGCCCGGCCCGCAGCAGCGCCGGCCCUCCCUGCCCCGGCUCAUCCGCCCAGGUUACCGAGUUUCAAGGCUGUGGAGGUCGCAGGGGUCCCAGAAACUUUGUAUUGCUCUGCUCCGGAGCAUCGAUCAGUGUCUGUUCUCUGUGGGCGCCUUGUUUCUGUUUGCCACAGGAAGUGCAGGUCCACCUUGACUUCCUUGCUCUGCGUGGCUGUCCUUGUAGAGCGCGCGCGACCCCUUCCGGCUCCCUGGCCGCGGGCCCUCUCGGAGUCCCGUGGGGGCCACGGCGGCCGGCUCGGGUGCUCGCCGUGGGGGUGCGCGCCUGGGGCCGCGGAAAGCGGUAGCACGUGCUCUGACGGAUGACCCCCGCCCUCCCCUCGGAGCGCCUUCGCUCCGGUGCCUGGCCCGCCCCUCCCGAGGGGCUCCUCUGGGGGCUGUUGACGGGCCGGGGGGCGGCUCUCCUCCCUGAAGGAAGUGGGAGGGGGCCUGGGGUGCGGGCCCUUCUGAGGCUGAGCCUUGGAAGGCACGGCUCCCCGGUGGGGGCGGUGCGGGCUGGCCGUUCCUGCUGUCCUGCUGUCGGCUGGCCCGGCGCCCGAGCAGGGCCCGUGCGGGGCUUGAGGGCAGAGGCCCAGUAGGCGCGGCGGGCGUCGCGCGUGCCCUCGAGGAGCCCGUGUGCCGCGGGCGGAGGUCCUCCCUCCUGGGCCGCCCGGCGGGACAGGCGCUCACCUUGCUGAGGGCCGGGGAGCGGUCAGGGGUGUGGUGUGGUCUCCGCCGUGGCCUUGGAGAGUCAGCUUAACGGGGGGGGGGUCCCCCAACUGAGGUUCUGGGAGCCGCCGCCGCCUCUGGGGCAGCUGACGUGUCGCGGAGCGGGAGAGACGUUUCAGGGGGGGUUUAUCUGGCAGACGUGGUUCUGCUGGCGUCCCCCGGGGCUGGUGACACAGGGAUCCCUGGGUGUGACGGGGGGAGGGAAAGCAGCCCCGGGUCUCUGGGGGAGACGUGGGCACGCGGGGGCGUCCGCGGCUGCCGGGCCGGAAAGGCCACUGGUGGACGAUGGGGGUGGGGGACUCAGGUGACUUAGCACCGAGGGUCCCGAGGUGGGGCCUGUGGAUGUUUCUGGAGCGAAGGCUUUGGACGCAGAGACCCCUCUGUUGAGCUCUGGCUGGCCCGGAAGGUGUGGACCAGGAGUGGGGCUGUGCUUGCGGAGGCCUGUGGCUGUGAGCGCCCCGUGGGGGUGGGGGCAGCGGUGGAGGAGUGGGGGUGGAGGUGCUUCUCUCUGGGCUCCCCUUUUGCAGUUUGGAGCCGUCCUGGGCGCUGCAGGGUGUGGAGCAGCGUCCCUGGCCCCCACCCCUCAAUGCCAGAGGCCACAGGUGUCCUCAGACGCGGCCCGGUGUCCCUUGGGGGCAGGAUUGUCUCGGGGCGCCCCUCCCGUGUGGGAGCGUUUGCUCUUUGAGGCCUGGUUGCCAGCAUGUCCCUGCUGUGUACUGUGGGUUAGGACGUGUGUCCCAGGGCUGGUUGGAGGCCUCUCGGGUCGGCCGUGAUGUUGGGGCUGCUCCUCGUGACUUCCUCCUGGUUCCGCUGCUGCAGCGGGCCCAGCACCUGGACCUGGGGACGAACUGCCCUCCGUGUGGGACCCGUCCUCAGAGCCCCCACUCUGCGCUGGACCUCUGUAGCCCCGGCUCUGACCCUUCCCUUGGCAGGGCAGACUGAGGCUUAGACGUGUCAGGGGACUCAGCCAAGGUCCCUCCCAGGGUGGCCAAGCUGGAGUGGGGACCCGCGCUCCUGGUGGGCCGACCUGCUGCGCCCCUGCAGGCCGGCGUCGGAGCUUCCUGCUUGGGGGUGCGGGGGGCAGCGUUGCUGCUGUGGUUUGGCGGGAGGUCCCUGUCUGGGGGGGCUCUGGCCCGGGCGGGGGUUGGUGGUGAACCCAGCGGUCCUGUCUUGGGGGCUGUGGUGCUGCUGUGAGCGGGUGCUGCUCCCACGCGCUUGGUGGAGGCCGGCCUGGGGUCUUCAGGUGACGUGUGCCCCGCGUCGUCCGCGAGAGCUGACCUCAGCUGCUAGCUGAGAGACGCCCGGGCUGCGGGGACCCCCUGCCCCGACCACUGUCUUCGGGGCGUCCAGGCUGUUCGAGCAGGAGGGCUGGAAGCGGGCAGCUCCCUGGCUGCAGGAAGGCCUGAACGCGGGCCGUCGAGGAGAGGGCUGCCUGCCAGCCCGCGUGAGUGGUCUGGGCCUGGGCCCCCCCACCCUCCUGGGCACAGCCUGCAGCCUGCUGUGCCGCUGGGCAGAGCCCGCCGUGGGCAGCCUGGGCAGGAGGAGCCACCGGAGCCUGACUCGCUGGCAUAAAUAGCACACAGCUGCCCCACAGGACACGGAGCAAGAGCAGGGAGGCGUCCAGGGCGGAAGAGGGAAGCUCUUCGUGGGCGGCCUUGACUGGAGCACCACCCAAGAGACGCUGCGUGGCUACUUUUCCCAGUAUGGAGAGGUCGUGGACUGUGUCAUCAUGAAAGACAAGACAACCAGCCAGUCCCGGGGCUUUGGGUUUGUCAAAUUCAAAGACCCGAACUGCGUGGGCACGGUGCUGGCCAGCAGACCGCACACCCUCGACGGCCGCAACAUCGACCCAAAGCCGUGUACGCCUCGGGGGAUGCAGCCGGAGCGGACGCGGCCGAAGGAAGGCUGGCAGAAGGGGCCCAGGAGCGACAGCAGCAAGUCCAACAAGAUAUUCGUCGGGGGGAUCCCUCACAACUGCGGUGAGACGGAGCUCAGGGAGUACUUCAAGAAGUUCGGCGUGGUCACGGAAGUGGUCAUGAUCUACGACGCGGAGAAGCAGAGGCCUCGAGGUUUUGGAUUUAUUACUUUCGAGGACGAACAAUCAGUGGACCAGGCUGUCAACAUGCAUUUUCACGACAUCAUGGGCAAAAAAGUGGAAGUUAAACGGGCCGAGCCUCGGGACAGCAAAAGCCAAGCGCCGGGACAGCCAGGUGCCAGCCAGUGGGGCAGCCGGGUCGUGCCCAAUGCCGCGAACGGCUGGGCAGGCCAGCCCCCGCCCACGUGGCAGCAAGGAUACGGCCCGCAAGGAAUGUGGGUGCCAGCAGGACAGGCGAUCGGUGGCUACGGACCGCCCCCCGCAGGAAGAGGAGCCCCCCCGCCGCCCCCGCCCUUCACCUCUUACAUCGUGUCCACCCCUCCCGGAGGGUUCCCCCCUCCCCAGGGCUUCCCCCAGGGCUACGGCGCACCCCCGCAGUUCAGUUUUGGCUAUGGGCCUCCACCUCCCCCACCGGAUCAGUUUGCGCCCCCGGGGGUCCCCCCGCCACCGGCCACUCCGGGGGCCGCGCCUCUGGCCUUCCCACCGCCUCCGUCUCAGGCCGCCCCGGACAUGAGCAAACCGCCAACGGCGCAGCCCGACUUCCCGUACAGCCAGUACGGUUACGGACAGGACUUGGCCGGCUUCGGACAGGGCUUCUCAGACCCCAGCCAGCAGCCCCCCUCCUACGGGGGCCCCUCGGUGCCCGGCUCGGGGGGUCCCCCUGCCGGCGGAAGUGGCUUCGGACGCGGUCAGAACCACAACGUGCAAGGAUUCCACCCCUACCGACGCUAGCCGCGGCACCGCGCGGACGGCAGGCGGCUGAGACCAGGAUUCAGACUUGUGAACUCGUGACAAUCACAGACUGGGCGGAAGAACCGACUCGACCGUGGGGGGAGGGGGGGGGCUUCUGGCGGUGGCUGUGGGUAUCUGGACUCAAGUUUUUAAAUAUAUUUCUUUCUCUAACCCAUCAGCACAAUAAAAAAAAAGUCACUGGUUCAACAACAGGGUUUAAAAAAAAUUCUUCAGCUUUAAUUCAAAACUUCAGGUUUCUUUUUCUUCCUUUUUUUUGAAAUUAUUUUCCUGAGCCUUUAUUUUACCGUAUAUUGUAAACGUUUAUGUUAAAGAAAAAAAUAUACAUUUACAAAUUGUGAGAUUUUUAAGAGAAAUUUUCUACAAUGUAUACUCGCUUAUUUUUUAAUUUAAAACAGGGUUUCCGUCGGCACUGGUGGAGGUGAGGGGCGUUUUUAGUCCCUCCCUCCUGGCUUUGAGGGUUGGGACUCGUUGGUCCAGAAACUCUGGGAGCUUAAAGAAGAAAUCUACUGAGUGUGUUUUGUUUUUUGUUUAUUCUUUGCUUUUGUCGACUGGCGUGCCUGGCCGGGUCUGCAGGUGCGCUGUGGGGCCGCGUCCGCCUGCGUCCGCCCCGGUGCCAAGGACCAGGAGGCCGGGCCAGCCCACCUCCCACGCUCGGGGCUUCAGGGUGUCCCCGCUGACCGGUUUGAAUAAAGAAAGUGCGUUUGGAUUAGAAA